AUGGCCCGUCACGCUCUCUUUGCCCUGUUGUUGGGUCUCGGUGUCACGCUUGCCAUGCCCGCUGGCGUCGCCGAUCAAGGCGUGGCUCCCAAUAACGACGAGUACUACGAACUUUACAAAGUGCUUGUCGACACCAUCGAUCAGGUCGACCGCAACUAUGUGCAGAACCUAAGCCGCCGCGAGAUUGUCGAUGCGGCAAUUCAGGGCAUUCUCGAGAAGCUCGAUCCGUAUUCCAGCUACAUUUCGCCCGAGGAAAUGACCCGUUUUCGGGACGAUGUCGAACACAAGUUCGGUGGAAUUGGCAUUCAAAUCUCGAUGGAAAACGGCCGUUUGGUCGUGCUCAGCCCGUUGGUGGGCAGCCCUGCCUAUCGUGCCGGAUUGCGAGCUGGCGACCACAUCGUCAGCAUCGAGGGCGAAUCGACCGAAGGCAUCACCAUCGAUGACGCCGUGAAGCAACUCAAGGGUGAUGCCGGUACCGAUGUCACCCUUUCCGUACGUCAUUCAGGUUCUUCCGAUCCUGAGGAAGUCACCUUGACCCGUGAGGUUGUCGCGGUUGAAACCGUACUGGGCGACUCCCGCAAGCCAAGCGACGAUUGGGACUGGAUGCUCGACCGGGAAUCCGGAAUGGGCUACAUCCGCCUCACGGCAUUCAGCCGCGAGACGGCCUCAGACCUUCGCCGGGCGUUGAACGAGUUGGAAGAUGAAGGCCUCAACGGUUUGAUUAUCGACCUGCGGUUCAACCCGGGCGGCCUGCUCACUUCGGCCAUCGAAAUCUGCGAUAUGUUCAUCGAAGAAGGGCGUAUUGUGAGCACUCAGGGCCGAAACACCCCAGAACGGACCUGGGAAGCCAAGUCGCCGGGAACUUAUUCCGGAUUCCCUAUGGCGAUUCUGGUAAAUCGUUACAGUGCCAGUGCUAGCGAAAUCCUCUCGGCUUGCCUGCAAGAUCACGACCGAGCCAUUGUCGUCGGCGAGCGGACCUGGGGCAAAGGCAGCGUGCAGAACGUGGUCGAACUCGAAGGCGGAACCAGUGCCCUCAAGCUCACCACAGCCAGCUACCAGCGUCCCAGCGGGCAUAAUAUCCAUCGAUUCCCCGAUGCCACCGAAGACGACGAAUGGGGCGUCAUGCCCAACGACGACUACCUGAUCAAGUUUUCGCCCGAGGAAAUGCGGCAAUUGGUGCUCACCCGGCGCGACCGCGACAUCGUGGUUUAUCACGGCGAAGAGGGUGAAGAGGCGGUUGCCGAAGAGGAAGAGUCUAGCGACACCGAGCCUUCGGACACGGACGAUGGCGAGGACUCGGAGGACGGCGAAGUAACCGAAGAAGAAGAGGUCGACAUAACGUUCGUCGAUCGUCAGUUGGAAGCGGCCGUCGAGUACAUCCGCUCGCAGUUGGCCGGCGAAGCUUCGGACGACGACUUCGUGAUCCGUCGCAUUCUGACGAUUGAAUCGACCUGCGACGAGACCGCUGCCGCCGUGAUCAACGAGCGGCUUGAAGUGCUGGGAGCCACGGUCGCUACACAGCACGAGUUACACGAACGCUUCACGGGCGUGGUACCCGAGAUCGCCUCACGGGCCCAUGUUGAGCGCAUCCUACCCGUCAUCGAUGAGUCUCUGCGGCAAGCAGGAAUCACGCUUGCCGAGAUCGACGCUGUCGCGGUGGCCAAUACUCCAGGCCUUGCCGGCUCGCUGCUGGUAGGCCUCUCGGCCGCCAAAGCUUUGUCUGUGGCUCUCGACGUCCCGUUGCUGGCGAUUAAUCAUCUGCAGGCCCAUAUCUACGCCUGUCAAAUGAGUGCGUCGGAGAAUGUCUUUCCCUGCGUGGGACUCAUCGUUAGCGGUGGACAUACGAGCUUGUACCGCUGCGACGAUCCAUUGGACUUUACCUUGCUGGGGGCAACCAUCGACGAUGCGGCGGGCGAAGCCUUCGACAAGGUGGCCAGCAUGCUAGGGUUAGGCUACCCCGGAGGCCCGGCCAUCGAGAAGGCCGCCCAAGCGGGUGACCCUAAGGCGUAUCGCCUCCCCCGUGCCAUGCUCAAUGGAGAGGGUGGACUCGACUUCAGUUUCAGUGGGUUGAAAACCGCCGUGCGUUACAAGAUCGCCCCGCCGGGUAACGUUGAGUUCAACCAACUCUCGCUCGAGGCCAACGAGGUAGCCAACCUGGCGGCCAGCUUCCAGGAAGCGGUGGUUGACGUCUUGGCCCGCAAGGCCAAGAAGGCGCUUAAGGAAAGCAAACUCACCACUUUAUGCGUCGGCGGCGGCGUUGCCGCCAACGCUGCACUUCGGCAACGAUUAACUUCUGAUGCUAAAGCGGCAGGUCAUACACUUCAUAUCGCACCACCGUCCCUAUGUACCGACAAUGCGGUGAUGGGUGCCAUCGCAAUCGAGCGACUUAAGGGCGGUAUGACCGAGUCGCUAGAACUCGAUAUUGUGCCAGGGCCGGUACGACGCUGA